AUGACGGAUUGGGCUCGGAACCUCAGAGGAGCCCCGGCGCCACCGACAGGCGAUCGGGCAACUGUGAAAGAACGGCGCCGUAGUUGCCGGUUUUGCCGCAGUCGCAAACUGCGCUGCUCGGGUACGAGUCAGUGCAGUGCGUGUAAGGAUCGACACAUUGAAUGUCUUUAUGACUCGGUCAUGGCUUCCAAGGGCCCAUCUGACGCUCCCACGGUUGGCCAGGGAAAGGGAACCGACCAUCCCUGGCGGGCAGUCCCAGUCAGGUCCCAUUCCGACCCCUUACUUGGCUGUCAUCCAUCCGAAAGCAAGAGUGUCGCUGAAGCACUCAACGAACUGGCCGCAGACCUUCAGGGACGCCGGCUGGGGCUCCCACCGCUGGCCCUACCCGUGAGUCCUCAAAACGCAAUAUUAGGGUAUCGAGAUCUCGUUGUGGUCCUCACCCAAGACCUCAUUGAUAUUGCCGUGAGGAGAGUGAGCAUUCUGGACCAUUGUCCAUAUUUCCCAGAUGAGGAUCGCAUUGCUGGGAGUAAGUGGGACCCCUGCCCCCAGCGACUCCAUCCCUUCGAGCCGAUACCUCUCUCCAGAUACGACACCCACCGAACGACCCAGCUCAUUGACGUGUGGUUUGCUACGCACCCUUUGUCCAUGGGGCUGUCCAAGACACUACUUCUCCGUUCUGUCCGUGAUAACUCGUGCAAUCAGCUUCUCCUUGCGACCGUCCUCGGAGGUGCACAGCGGGAACUUGGUGAUGCAACAGCCCUGGAGGAAUGCCACGCCCUUCUCCAGUGGGCUGCAUCGCAUCUACAUGAUAUCAGAACCGACACCUCGGACCUGCCGACUGCGCAAGCAUUGAGCUUGUUGGCCUGGCAUGAGACAUGUCACGGUAACGUGGAACAGGCGAUGGUCUAUACCAUGUACGCCCAUCGCACUGUGGCGCGAUUGAUCCAGGAGACAUCCACCUUGGUCGCCUGGGAUGUGCGGCAGGCAAACGGUAUCCGGCUGGCCAAGGUCGAGUGGGAAAUGUUGCAUGUGCUCGGAUGGGUAACCCUGUCACUCAUAGUGUGGUAUUUCACACACUCAGAGAUCGUCAACGAUGACCUGCCGAUCCUGGCACAGAUGCACACCCACCCACCCAUUGACAAAGAUGAUUCAUGGAUCCUUCGUCUCGAUCGUGCAGCAGAUAACCUGUCCACCUUAACGCAUCAGGGAGCCUGGAUUCCAGAGAUCUGGAUUAUCAGCCAUAUUACCGCUGCGGCUGUGCAUCUACGCACAAUCAACCCCGACCCGAUACCCGCCCAUUCCUGCUGGCAGACUCAGUUACAUCACCACCUGCAGCCCUUGCAUCGCCCCCGAGAGACAACGGGCAUCCAGUAUGACGAGGCGUGGGUUGCUUUGGCUUGCAAUGCACGUAUAAUCGAGGCCAAUAUGGAGCAGUCUGUCUCCCACACAUGGAUUCUGGUUUCGUACCAAACUCUGUUAAUCCACCUGCUCUUCCCGUGCACGGGCAGUAUUCCCAUCACCACGCCCCAGGUACAACAAUUAGCCCAUAUUAUCGAAUUCUUUGUGGAUCACUUUAAAAUACUCACGACACUGACAACGGCUCCUUCAACGGCUUGUAGGAGCAACCGCUCUCUCGUUAGCUCCUACGUCACUGGGCUUGCGGCAUGUGGAAGUGCGAUUGAGAUGGUUUCCAUCCAGGUGCAAGGGCGCCAGCCGUGGCUGGAGCCGAAUAUCUCGCAGGGACUGGGUCGCCUGCUGGACCUGGCGGCUCAGCUCGACCAAUUGUUUGCUAGUGAUACGCUUCUGACAGACAGGCGCUGGCGAAUCGUCAAGGAUCGGUUUUGCCGACUGUCAAGGGCGAGGGAAGACACCGGUACUGCCGAUGCCUCCGGCUGGGAUGUCACUUUCUCUGGCCUCCCUCCGGUGGUCUCUACGCCUGCAAUUUUGCCUCUGCUCGGUGCGAUUGAUGGUUUACCGAAUGCACCUGGGAAUAGCUUGUUAUCAAACCCCUAG